AUGCACAUCACCCAGCUCAACCGCGAGUGCCUCCUACACCUCUUCUCCUUUCUGGACAAGGACAGCAGGAAGAACCUUGCCAGGACCUGCCCCCAGCUCCAGGACGUGUUUGAGGACCCCGCACUCUGGCCCGUGCUGCACUUUCGUUCCCUCACAGAACUCAAGAAGGACAACUUCCUCCUGAGCCCGGCGCUCAGGAGCCUCUCCAUCUGCUGGCACUCCAGCCGCGUGCAGGUGUGCAGCAUCGAGGACUGGCUCAAGAGCGCCCUCCAGAGGAGCAUCUGCAGCGGGCACGAGAGCCUAGUCAGUGAUUUCCUCCUCCAGGUGUGCGACAGGUGCCCCAACCUGGCAUCCGUCACGCUGUCGGGCUGCGGCCACGUCACCGACGACUGCCUGGCGCGUCUGCUGCGCUCCUGCCCGCGCCUGCGCGCGCUGCGCCUGGAGAACUGCGCGCGCGUCACCAACCGCACGCUAACGGCCGUGGCGGCGCACGGGCGGGCGCUGCAGACGCUGCACGUGGACUUCUGCCGCAACGUGAGCGCGGCCGGCCUGCGCCGCCUGCGCGCCGCGUGCCCGCGCCUGACUCUGCGCGCCGAGCACAGCGCGGCCAUGAUCCCCGAUCAGCCCCAGCGUGGCCUGCGUUCGCCCGGCGCUGCCCUCCGCAAGCAGCUUCUUCGCUAA